AAAAUAAAGAAUAAUAAUUUUAUCUUAAAAAUUUUAAGAAUGUCAUCAACACAAUCUACUCAAACCGUUGAACAAGAUGCAGCUAAACCUCGUUUACCGCGUGUUUCAAUCGAAUAUUGUGUUCAGUGCCGUUGGGUAUUACGUGCAGGAUGGAUGGCACAAGAAUUAUUAAUUACUUUUAGUACACUUCUUGGUGAAGUAGCUUUAAUUCCUGGUUCUAGCGCUGUUUUCAAAGUUCAUGUCGAUGGAGAACUUAUUUGGGAUCGUAAACAAGCAGGAAGAUUUCCUGAAAUGAAAGAAUUGAAAACACUUAUUAGAAAUAAAAUUGCUCCUGAUAUGGAACUUGGUCAUAGUGAUGCAAAUAAAAAGGAUGGUGCUAAAGCAACUACUACUAAUACCGCGAAUAAUAACGAUAAUAACAGUGAUAAUAAGACAACUGAAGAAUGUAAAGAUUGUGCUUCUUAAUUUUUCAAUUUGUUAAAUGUAUAAAUAUAUUUUCUUCCUCUUUUUUUUUAAAAAAAUAAAUUAUUUACAUAAGU